AUGAGCUUUCACCAACCGUCAUUGUCGUUGUACGAUGUUUUAGAUGCACUGUCCAGACAGGCAGCUUUUAGACAGGAGAGAUCAGAGAGCAGAAGACCUCAAGCCAGAGGCCAUUAUGGUCGGUUCAACAAUAGGCCAACCGUGGUUAAUUCCGGCUUUCAGUCCCCUUAUUACCCCGCCGAAAGACCACGUUCGUCUUACUAUCGCCCCCGCUACUACCAAGAGUACGAUGAGUUUGAAAGCCCUCAUUUGUGGAGCGAGUAUGAACGUCCUAGAGCAGCUCCUGUGGAAACAAGAGAGCAAGAAGUCCCGGACUUCUUACCCAGGCUCUUGAGAGCAGUUGCUGAAGAGGGAGCCAUGCAAAGGCAGUAUCAAGAGCCGGAAGAGUCAGAGGAUUAUGAUGGCGCUUCGAACCAUAUUGAACACGGCCAACCUUCCGGCAUUCCACUCUUGGAUGCCCUGCUAGGAAACACUUUCCGGGGAAGUGAGGUAGGCGAUACAGAGGAGCCCAAGGAGCCCAAGGAGCCCAAGGAGCCCAUAGAGGCGGCUCCUAUGGAUGCUGAGGUGGAGUCGCAAAUCAACCCCACGCCCGCUGCACUAGAUACCCAAAGCAGCCCCACUACCAAAGAAAACGUCCAAGCAGCAGUUGAGGAACGUUCGGAUGUACCAAGCCCAAUUCCAGAUCCACUGCAAGUCUCCAAACCUCAAAAACGCCGCGGAAUGCCAUUUUCUCCCGCCGUUAAUGUGUACGAUACCGAUGAGGCUUACGUCGUUGUUAUGGCACUUCCAGGUGCCACUUCAAAAUCCUUCAAGAUUGACUACCAUCCUUCUUCCCACGAGUUAUUCAUUAAAGGGAGUUUGGACAACAGAUCUGGGCUCGACGAAAAAACACUUCGGGUAUCGGAGCUCAGACUGGGGAAGUUUUCGCGGUCUUUCAAGCUCCCGGUGCUUCCAAGGAUUCAGGACGAAGCCAUAAAAGCCACCUACAACAACGGGCUGCUGCAAGUAAAGAUCCCCAAAAUUUUGAACGAGUCUCAUCAACAUCCUCCUAAGAGACACAUCGUGAUAGAAGAUGUUCCGGACGAAGAACUAGAGUUUGAGAAAAAUCCAAAUCCGCCAACUAGCCUCUGA